UUUUUUUACCGACUGCUACUCGUAUAUCUUGAAUUUGAAUUUGCGUUACCGAAGGAGGACAAGAGAAAGAAGAAGGAGAAACAUUUUUUUAUUGCUGAUUUUUAAGGAGAAAGUUGAUCUGGAAAAUUCGAUAGAGUUAUGCCAUCGUACAAGAUCAAAACCUGGCCAUUGUUGUUGAUGUUAAUAUUUAUUACGUUCGAUUGGACGACUUCAGAAAGUGAUACAACAAUUGGAAAUAGAGAUGGUUGCGGUGAAAGAUUGGAACGUGCUUUGGAUGCACUUCAGAGAGAUUCGAAUAGAAGAAGGAAUAGAUUAGAAGAGGGAGAAGGUCGAGAACCAAAUUAUCAGGAAGAAUUACGUUCGGCGCCAUUAGCAAUGACGAUUUCACGGAUCGCAGUUAAGUUUCCACAGAGUGGAAGAAGUCGAGGAAGUUCAUGGGCAAGAGUAGAAAAAUGUUUUUUCGAACCUUCGAAUAAUUCAUUAAAAACCAGAGUAACAUUCAACGAUUUAUCAGUAUCGGGAACAGUAUCGUUGUUGAUGAGAGAAGAACGACGAUCUCAUAUACCUUUAGAAUCAUGUAGAAUGACUCUACGUUUGAGACAAGCUGGUAUAGAUAUUUUCACUGGUACAAUCGCCAGAGCUCGUGGACAAAUGCGUAUACGUACGGAAUCGAGUUUUUUGGAGCCACGAUUUGCUUCGCUCUACGCUUAUGGAUGUCAUCCACAUCGUCAUGACAAACAGCUUAAAAGACAGGACAAGUGGCCACCUUAUUAUCCUCCUCGUGACGAACUUUCUGUAUUAUCAGCUGAACCACGUCGCUUAUUCACCGUCUCUGAGGAUGUAGAUCUUUCAAUAGCAAACGAAAGUCGAGUUGCACGUACUUCAAGUGGACAAAUAAGAAACUUAGGUACCUGGAGAAAUAAUCUUUGGAUCACUAAAUCAGCUGUACGUCGAAAAAGAGGAAUUACAAAACGUAAUACGAACGAUUUAACAACGACUGCGAAUAAAAAAGAUAAAGAUAAUACCGAGGAUCGUCAAGGAUCUAAUAAAUCCUCAACGGAGAUCGAGAUAACACCGAAUGAUUUUGUAACUGCAUUGGUCAAUGGUAAAAAACUUUCGGAGGCUAAAGAAUCGACGAUCGAAUCAACGACGACAACCACGACUAUUGAUCUUCUUGAUCAUUCUGUUAAUUUAUUAAAAAACGAAACUAUCGACGAUUGCCAUGAAGAGAAAUCAAAUUUUAAAAGGGAAUAUACAUUUAAUGAAUCACCAAGAGUAGAAUCUAGAGAAACUCUUUUAUUGGAUGAAAAUAUUUAUGACAUUUUCAUGUCUGGUCUUAAUGACGAUGACGAAAACGUUGAUAAUAACGAUGAUGAUAAUGGUAAUAAUCGAAGCUGGCAAUCAAAAGAAUAUAUUGCCAGAGAAAUGGAAGAUAUUUUUCUUCGUGGUGCCAGUAGAACAUUGACCAGUUACAUCGAACGACAAUUGCAUCCUGCUAUCAAGGAAGCUCUUAUGAUUUCUAUGGGAUAUACCAUUAGUUAUGGAUAG